UGGGGUUGUCGGCCGACGAGCGAAGACCGAAAAAAAUGCUGUCCUGAGAAGUGAUGAGAAAUGAGCUUGAAGUGACUUCCGCUCCUCGAGACUCCGCCUCCUGCCCGUGACGUCAGAGCUCCUUCCUGGAUCCUAGCGUCCGUUCGCCUCCUCCUGGUCUAAGGGCUGGCUGGCUGGCUGGCUUUUAUUCCACACGGCCGAUCCCCAGCGCGCGGGACGUGGCUGGUCUCUCCGCACUGCAGGACGCGAGGAAGUCAAAUGUGUUACGACGAUCUGUGACAAGUUACGGCGUUAAUUAUCACGUCGUUCGCAUUUUUUUUCAGUCGCGUUUGUUUUUUUGUGUAUUUUUUUUUCUUCUUCUUUUCGGUAUUUAUCAAUUUAUUUACCAGACCAGAGAUUCGUCUGCGGUGUUAAUUUCCUAUGAAUGAGAAGUGGAAUUUUAAUAAAAGGAGAAGAAUAUAAUAUCGUAUUUAGACACACAUUCACAUCGUGUUGUGUUUCGAUGUUUUGUGAGUGUUGUGCGAAUAAGGGUGUUUGUGUUCGAAUCCCUAGACGUCAUCAGUCGGGACUCCAUAUAAAAGAAAACAGAAAAGUCAUCGUGAAAGGAGAGAAAUAAAAUUAAAAUCCCGCGCUAAGUAGGAAGAUAAACACUGUGACGUCAUCGAGGGAAACUGAGUGACGUAGCGGAGAAGGAAUAUUACGUCACGAGAGUUAGCAUAAUAAAAGUGAUAUUCGAAUCCGUGCGAGACAACUAGUGCUUCGUGAAACUCGAAUUGUGAUUUGAGCCAAAGGAAUCUUCUGAGUUUUGAACAAGUGACUGACACACUGCGCUGGGAUGAAGAAGUUUGCAGAUAAGUCAGGCUGGCUGAGGGUUGUGGUGUGUUGCCUCACGCUCGUCGUCCACCACGGGCUGCGGGACGCCCUUAUCCCAGCGCUGCCCACGAUAGCCGCCCCUGAGGACGUCGGGUCGCCCACCACAGAGGCGUCCACACCGGAGGCGUCCUACUCGAGCGCCGCAACAGACGUCACCAGCGCGACCACCGAUGUCACCACGGAUGUCCCUGGCAGUUCGGUCUCCACGACUUUCUCCUCCUCCGCCUCCUCCUCCUCCUCCUCCUCCUCCUCCUCCUCCUCUUCGGUCGACUCGUUGUCGACGUCGAAAUCCGUGAUCGACGCACUUUCUCCCGACGUGACCGCAGCGCUGGCGGUUACCUCCUCCCCUGCGGUAUCGCCGGAGCCUAGCGAAUCUCCUCCCGCCGUUCCAAGUCCUCCUGAGCUCAAUUCCGUUCGCGCUAAUCCUUCGAAGGGGGUCGUGGCUUCUCCUGGCUCUCCUGUUGAUGCGAGGCCCUUCGAGUCCAAUGCGGUGCUCGCGGAUCCCUCCGAGUCUCCUACAGUGCCUGUGGAUCCCUCUGAAUCCCCCACGGCGCCCGUGAGUCCUCAGGAUUCCCUUGCAGCGAACCCCGCACUGUUGCCGACCAUCCCUCCGGGUCGCUCUCGAGUGGAUGCCGACGCGGCGCCCCCCAGGAUUCCUGACCCAACACGGCGUCCCAACAGAAUAGUCAGAUCCUUAAUUUCCUCCCAGACCAUAUCCCCAAGUCGCCGCCCCCCCACGCCCGCAGAUAGGCUCGUCUUGGACUCAACAGCUGCUCCGGAUCCUCCCGUAGACGACGUGUCUCCCGUGCUGAUCCUGGAGUCAGCCGUGAGGAAGGCCUCUCCUCCCGGCGCCACGGCCUCCUUCUCCCUCCUCCCGGGCGACGGCGUGCUCGCUGCUGGCGACGACCUCGCCGGGAGAAUCAGGAGCGUGUUCCGGCAGACGCUGGUGCGCGGGGUGCUCGCGGAUGGCAAGCAGAUGCAGAACGCCCUGGCGGAGGAACUCAAGCGGAACUCGUCCUCGUCCUCGCGAGAGAAACCACUGAACGUGCUCAUCAACCGAAUCGACUUCUCGGGUGUCUGGCUGCGAUUGUCCGGCGAGCAAGGGCGCGACCAAGCGGGUGAAAGGAAUCCGGCCAUAAAAAACGUGGGCCUACAGGAAAGGUUCCUCCAGGACGGCAACAGCUGGUUACACGAGCUUCAAAAAUGGGAGCUAUUCUUCGGAGACUUCCCGAGGGAGGCUGGCUACUACGGACCCGAGAUGAAGGCUGGCUGGGGGCUGCUGGUCGAAGGGGCGGUGCUAAGCAGCGUCUACUGGGCGUGGCUUGUGACCGCCGCACUGGCUGAUAAGGUCGUCGACAAGGCGGGCGCGGGCGGUGUCCUGGCUGCUUCUGUGGGCGUGACGGGCGUUAUUGGGCUCGUUACCCAUCCGGUGUCCCUAGGAGGUCCCUGGGCCCUGCUGGCGCUCAGGGUCGUUCAGGGGGCGGCUCAGGGCCUGAGCUUCCCCGCCAUCUUGAGAAUUCUCGAAGAUCUUCCAGAAUCUUCGCGGAACGCCGCUUCGCUGGUGACCUUCUUGGGGCCUUACCUGGGGACCUGUCUGGGCGUAGGAUUGGGAAGCCUGGAGGACUGGUACGCCGCCACGUACACCCUGGGUAGCGUGGCCUUGGUCCUUCUGCUGCCGUGCCUCCUGCUGCCGCCCGUCGAGGCCAACGUCCAUCAGAAUUUGGCGUGGCGACGCGUGCUAAAAUCCCGUGCAGUGUGGGCGUGUUUGGGCGUCCACGUUGCCAACACGUGGGUGAUGCAUUCUCUACUAGUGGGCGUUCCCUUUUGCCUCACGUACUACAUUCAACAGCCUUGUUACAGAGGCUGGGGCACCGUGGCUGUCGUAAGCGCUGUCGCUGUCAUCUGUAGGCCCCUGGAGUUCUUUUCUUCUCGAUUGGCUGAUAAGGGCCCGCUGUCUGGUCUGGAUCGGCGAAGGGCUCCUGUGUUGGCAGGCAGCCUCCUGGUGGUGACAGCGCUGAUCCUCAUGGCCACCAUCGGGCUGGAUUCUGCGGGCGUGCUGGUGGGCGUGGCAGCCGGGUGUGGCGGCGUGGGCGUCGGGCUGGUCAGAGUGGGCAACAGGCUGAACCUCGAGGACUUGGCUCCCCUACAGCUGUGGCGCCUCGUUCACAUCUUCAACCUGACGGGGAUCUUGACCGCCGGCGUGGUGCCUGUGGUUCUGACGGCUUUCGCGCAGGCCGGAAAGAGCGGUUGGAUGGCUGUUUGGUUGGUACCCCUGACGCUGGUCGUUCCUGCUGCUCUCCUGCACCUUUUCUGCCUCUCCUCCAAUGCCCAGUCUUGGGACCAGCCAGCGACGGGGUAUGACGGACCCGCCGCCCGCCCAGUCAGGGUCUCCACCAUCAGCGUGGGCGGGCUGGAGGGCGUGGGUGUGGGCGUGGGCGUGAUAGCCAAUGGACACGGCCCGCCCAAGGAGAUCAGGCGGUCGCUGAGGAGUCGGCAGAGCUUCAAGAGCGCCAGGUCGGCCCUUACUUAUAAGACAGCAAUGUCCCGGCCAAGGGCGCGCUCUCUCUCCUGCAGGACGAUCGACGACGACCUGGAGGCCGACCUCAAGAGCGUCAUCGAGGAGGCCAGCGUCGAGUGUCGAAGCCUCGCGAUGGAGAGCGAGGUCGAGUGCCGGAGCGUGGCUUCGACCGUCUUCAAGAGCGAGUGCGACGAUAUGUUCAGCGCCCUCGAAGGAACCGUGGGAGAUGGCCAUCGACGCGACCUCCCCCACGCCCUCUAUAACGGCACCUCCUUAGACCGGACGACGGCGUGGCUGAGUUACCACUACUGCGUCGACAUGCCCCAGCGCUCCAUGUCCGUGCCGGGCUUCCCGACGAAGGAGGAGACGCGGAAGAGGAAUGUGGUGUUCGCGUUGGCCUGGUGACGCGGGAAGGAGGAACGUCGUGUUCUGGAGUUUGGUUUGGUGACGCGGGAAAGAGGAACGUCGUGGUUUAUUAUUUUAUAUUUUAUUUAUUUAUUUUCUUGGUGAUGAGGAAGGUGGAUGGCGUGUUCUAUUUUGUUUUCAGUUUUGGGUGACGAGGAUGGAAUAGAACGUCAUUUUUUUUGGUUUGAGAUGGAUUAGUAAAGCUGGAAAGGAACGUCGUAUAUACGUCGUGUUUUGGAGUUGGUCUAAAUGACGCGGGAAGAAAAACGUCGUGUUUGGAACGUCAUAUUUACGUUAAUCUCAAGGCCACCAAGGAAAAAUGCCGUGCUGGAGUUAGUUUGCAGACGCUGCUGAGGUAGUGACGUAACGUCUUAGGAACUAUUUUGGCGACGCAGGAGAAGAUCGUCAGCGAAGAACGUAAAUCGGAUGAACGUCAGCGAAGAACGUAAAAGCCAGCGAAAGAAGAAAUUACGUCAUUACGUUAUUCUGGCGACGCUUGAGAAGAACAUACGUUAAAAUUACGUUAUUUUUGCGAUGUUAUGACGACGAGGUGACGCCAAAGGGAUUAGGGAUUGUUGUUAUUAUUGUUGUUUUAUUGUUAUUAUUAUUGAUAAUAUCAUCAUCAAUCUGAUUAGUAUUAUCAUCACUGAUAAUAUAAUUAAUAUUGUUAUUAUCAUUAUUAUUAUUAUUAUUAU